AUGAUAAUAUUAAUGAUAAUGAUUUUAUUGAAACUCUAUUACUAUAUAACACUACUACAAUUAAAUUAUAUUAAUGGACAAUUGAAUGAAUGUGAUAAUUUACAAGCGAAUCAAACAAUUUCACAUAUUAAUUAUGAUACAAAUGAACUUAAUCCUAUUGAUAAUAACAAUCCAUUAGAAAUGGAUAUUGUGAAUAUAAAAGAAAUGGAAUGGAAUGAUCAAAAAUCAAUGACACGUAGUUGGCCAUUAGAUGUAAUCUAUAAUGAUGAAUGUCAUAAGAUGAAUAUAAACUCUAAUGUAAAUAAUCGAUGCCAAGAAUUAAAACAAAACCAGGAGGAAAAUGAAAAGGAUGUAAAAUGUAAUGAAGAAGCAUAUAAAAGAAUGAACAAAAUCAGAUCAAAUCAAAAUAAGAUAAUGAUGAAUAAAGAAGAAUCCAAUAGAAUAUAUGGAAAUCAGAUUGAUGAAUUAAGUCAAACAAAGUGUAAUCAGCUAGAAAAUGAAAAACCAUACAACAUGGAACAACUAAAUUGGAAAGUGAGAAAUGAAGAAUACGAUAUAAACGAAGAACAAAACACGAUGAUAAAUUAUGAAAAUAUAUUGGAAAAAGCAGAAAACACAAACGAACACCACAUAAAAAAAAAAACACACGAAAUUGAAAUAGGUGAAGCAACUAAACAAAGUGAACAAAAAACUGGAAAUAACACAACAAGAAUGAACAAAAAUAACCAAAUCAUAUUAAAUGAAAACAAAUAUCAAACAAGAAAUGAUGCAACAAAAUACGUCCAACCAUCAUCAACAUUACAACCAGUUCCAGUUGUCACUGCAGUCCCACCAGUCUACAAUCAGUCCACCACACAAUCCACAUCGACCACCACUCAAACACCACUCAUUACAACACAAUACCUACAACCAUCAUCAACAUUACAACCAGUUCCAAUUGUCACGUCCAACAAAUCAAGCGACGCUGAAUAUAGCAUUAAUGGAAUAUUGACGAACACUGAAUCUUCAAUCUAUACAACAAAAUACGUCCAACCAUCAUCAACAUUACAACCAGUUCCAGUUGUCACUGCAGUCCCACCAGUCUACAAUCAGUCCACCACACAAUCCACAUCGACCACCACUCAAACACCACUCAUUACAACACAAUACCUACAACCAUCAUCAACAUUACAACCAGUUCCAAUUGUCACGUCCAACAAAUCAAGCGACGCUGAAUAUAGCAUUAAUGGAAUAUUGACGAACACUGAAUCUUCAAUCUAUACAACAAAAUACGUCCAACCAUCAUCAACAUUACAACCAGUUCCAGUUGUCACUGCAGUCCCACCAGUCUACAAUCAGUCCACCACACAAUCCACAUCGACCACCACUCAAACACCACUCAUUACAACACAAUACCUACAACCAUCAUCAACAUUACAACCAGUUCCAAUUGUCACGUCCAACAAAUCAAGCGACGCUGAAUAUAGCAUUAAUGGAAUAUUGACGAACACUGAAUCUUCAAUCUAUACAACAAAAUACGUCCAACCAUCAUCAGCAUUACAACCAGUUCCAGUUGUCACUGCAGUCCCACCAGUCUACAAUCAGUCCACCACACAAUCCACAUCGACCACCACUCAAACACCACUCAUUACAACACAAUACCUACAACCAUCAUCAACAUUACAACCAGUUCCAAUUGUCACGUCCAACAAAUCAAGCGACGCUGAAUAUAGCAUUAAUGGAAUAUUGACGAACACUGAAUCUUCAAUCUAUACAACAAAAUACGUCCAACCAUCAUCAACAUUACAACCAGUUCCAGUUGUCACUGCAGUCCCACCAGUCUACAAUCAGUCCACCACACAAUCCACAUCGACCACCACUCAAACACCACUCAUUACAAUACAAUACCUACAACCAUCAUCAACAUUACAACCAGUUCCAAUUGUCACGUCCAACAAAUCAAGCGACGCUGAAUAUAGCAUUAAUGGAAUAUUGACGAACACUGAAUCUUCAAUCUAUACAACAAAAUACGUCCAACCAUCAUCAACAUUACAACCAGUUCCAGUUGUCACUGCAGUCCCACCAGUCUACAAUCAGUCCACCACACAAUCCACAUCGACCACCACUCAAACACCACUCAUUACAACACAAUACCUACAACCAUCAUCAACAUUACAACCAGUUCCAAUUGUCACGUCCAACAAAUCAAGCGACGCUGAAUAUAGCAUUAAUGGAAUAUUGACGAACACUGAAUCUUCAAUCUAUACAACAAAAUACGUCCAACCAUCAUCAACAUUACAACCAGUUCCAGUUGUCACUGCAGUCCCACCAGUCUACAAUCAGUCCACCACACAAUCCACAUCGACCACCACUCAAACACCACUCAUUACAACACAAUACCUACAACCAUCAUCAACAUUACAACCAGUUCCAAUUGUCACGUCCAACAAAUCAAGCGACGCUGAAUAUAGCAUUAAUGGAAUAUUGACGAACACUGAAUCUUCAAUCUAUACAACAAAAUACGUCCAACCAUCAUCAACAUUACAACCAGUUCCAGUUGUCACUGCAGUCCCACCAGUCUACAAUCAGUCCACCACACAAUCCACAUCGACCACCACUCAAACACCACUCAUUACAACACAAUACCUACAACCAUCAUCAACAUUACAACCAGUUCCAAUUGUCACGUCCAACAAAUCAAGCGACGCUGAAUAUAGCAUUAAUGGAAUAUUGACGAACACUGAAUCUUCAAUCUAUACAACAAAAUACGUCCAACCAUCAUCAACAUUACAACCAGUUCCAGUUGUCACUGCAGUCCCACCAGUCUACAAUCAGUCCACCACACAAUCCACAUCGACCACCACUCAAACACCACUCAUUACAACACAAUACCUACAACCAUCAUCAACAUUACAACCAGUUCCAAUUGUCACGUCCAACAAAUCAAGCGACGCUGAAUAUAGCAUUAAUGGAAUAUUGACGAACACUGAAUCUUCAAUCUAUACAACAAAAUACGUCCAACCAUCAUCAACAUUACAACCAGUUCCAGUUGUCACUGCAGUCCCACCAGUCUACAAUCAGUCCACCACACAAUCCACAUCGACCACCACUCAAACACCACUCAUUACAACACAAUACCUACAACCAUCAUCAACAUUACAACCAGUUCCAAUUGUCACGUCCAACAAAUCAAGCGACGCUGAAUAUAGCAUUAAUGGAAUAUUGACGAACACUGAAUCUUCAAUCUAUACAACAAAAUACGUCCAACCAUCAUCAACAUUACAACCAGUUCCAGUUGUCACUGCAGUCCCACCAGUCUACAAUCAGUCCACCACACAAUCCACAUCGACCACCACUCAAACACCACUCAUUACAACACAAUACCUACAACCAUCAUCAACAUUACAACCAGUUCCAAUUGUCACGUCCAACAAAUCAAGCGACGCUGAAUAUAGCAUUAAUGGAAUAUUGACGAACACUGAAUCUUCAAUCUAUACAACAAAAUACGUCCAACCAUCAUCAACAUUACAACCAGUUCCAGUUGUCACUGCAGUCCCACCAGUCUACAAUCAGUCCACCACACAAUCCACAUCGACCACCACUCAAACACCACUCAUUACAACACAAUACCUACAACCAUCAUCAACAUUACAACCAGUUCCAAUUGUCACGUCCAACAAAUCAAGCGACGCUGAAUAUAGCAUUAAUGGAAUAUUGACGAACACUGAAUCUUCAAUCUAUACAACAAAAUACGUCCAACCAUCAUCAACAUUACAACCAGUUCCAGUUGUCACUGCAGUCCCACCAGUCUACAAUCAGUCCACCACACAAUCCACAUCGACCACCACUCAAACACCACUCAUUACAACACAAUACCUACAACCAUCAUCAACAUUACAACCAGUUCCAAUUGUCACGUCCAACAAAUCAAGCGACGCUGAAUAUAGCAUUAAUGGAAUAUUGACGAACACUGAAUCUUCAAUCUAUACAACAAAAUACGUCCAACCAUCAUCAACAUUACAACCAGUUCCAGUUGUCACUGCAGUCCCACCAGUCUACAAUCAGUCCACCACACAAUCCACAUCGACCACCACUCAAACACCACUCAUUACAACACAAUACCUACAACCAUCAUCAACAUUACAACCAGUUCCAAUUGUCACGUCCAACAAAUCAAGCGACGCUGAAUAUAGCAUUAAUGGAAUAUUGACGAACACUGAAUCUUCAAUCUAUACAACAAAAUACGUCCAACCAUCAUCAACAUUACAACCAGUUCCAGUUGUCACUGCAGUCCCACCAGUCUACAAUCAGUCCACCACACAAUCCACAUCGACCACCACUCAAACACCACUCAUUACAACACAAUACCUACAACCAUCAUCAACAUUACAACCAGUUCCAAUUGUCACGUCCAACAAAUCAAGCGACGCUGAAUAUAGCAUUAAUGGAAUAUUGACGAACACUGAAUCUUCAAUCUAUACAACAAAAUACGUCCAACCAUCAUCAACAUUACAACCAGUUCCAGUUGUCACUGCAGUCCCACCAGUCUACAAUCAGUCCACCACACAAUCCACAUCGACCACCACUCAAACACCACUCAUUACAACACAAUACCUACAACCAUCAUCAACAUUACAACCAGUUCCAAUUGUCACGUCCAACAAAUCAAGCGACGCUGAAUAUAGCAUUAAUGGAAUAUUGACGAACACUGAAUCUUCAAUCUAUACAACAAAAUACGUCCAACCAUCAUCAACAUUACAACCAGUUCCAGUUGUCACUGCAGUCCCACCAGUCUACAAUCAGUCCACCACACAAUCCACAUCGACCACCACUCAAACACCACUCAUUACAACACAAUACCUACAACCAUCAUCAACAUUACAACCAGUUCCAAUUGUCACGUCCAACAAAUCAAGCGACGCUGAAUAUAGCAUUAAUGGAAUAUUGACGAACACUGAAUCUUCAAUCUAUACAACAAAAUACGUCCAACCAUCAUCAACAUUACAACCAGUUCCAGUUGUCACUGCAGUCCCACCAGUCUACAAUCAGUCCACCACACAAUCCACAUCGACCACCACUCAAACACCACUCAUUACAACACAAUACCUACAACCAUCAUCAACAUUACAACCAGUUCCAAUUGUCACGUCCAACAAAUCAAGCGACGCUGAAUAUAGCAUUAAUGGAAUAUUGACGAACACUGAAUCUUCAAUCUAUACAACAAAAUACGUCCAACCAUCAUCAACAUUACAACCAGUUCCAGUUGUCACUGCAGUCCCACCAGUCUACAAUCAGUCCACCACACAAUCCACAUCGACCACCACUCAAACACCACUCAUUACAACACAAUACCUACAACCAUCAUCAACAUUACAACCAGUUCCAAUUGUCACGUCCAACAAAUCAAGCGACGCUGAAUAUAGCAUUAAUGGAAUAUUGACGAACACUGAAUCUUCAAUCUAUACAACAAAAUACGUCCAACCAUCAUCAACAUUACAACCAGUUCCAGUUGUCACUGCAGUCCCACCAGUCUACAAUCAGUCCACCACACAAUCCACAUCGACCACCACUCAAACACCACUCAUUACAACACAAUACCUACAACCAUCAUCAACAUUACAACCAGUUCCAAUUGUCACGUCCAACAAAUCAAGCGACGCUGAAUAUAGCAUUAAUGGAAUAUUGACGAACACUGAAUCUUCAAUCUAUACAACAAAAUACGUCCAACCAUCAUCAACAUUACAACCAGUUCCAGUUGUCACUGCAGUCCCACCAGUCUACAAUCAGUCCACCACACAAUCCACAUCGACCACCACUCAAACACCACUCAUUACAACACAAUACCUACAACCAUCAUCAACAUUACAACCAGUUCCAAUUGUCACGUCCAACAAAUCAAGCGACGCUGAAUAUAGCAUUAAUGGAAUAUUGACGAACACUGAAUCUUCAAUCUAUACAACAAAAUACGUCCAACCAUCAUCAACAUUACAACCAGUUCCAGUUGUCACUGCAGUCCCACCAGUCUACAAUCAGUCCACCACACAAUCCACAUCGACCACCACUCAAACACCACUCAUUACAACACAAUACCUACAACCAUCAUCAACAUUACAACCAGUUCCAAUUGUCACGUCCAACAAAUCAAGCGACGCUGAAUAUAGCAUUAAUGGAAUAUUGACGAACACUGAAUCUUCAAUCUAUACAACAAAAUACGUCCAACCAUCAUCAACAUUACAACCAGUUCCAGUUGUCACUGCAGUCCCACCAGUCUACAAUCAGUCCACCACACAAUCCACAUCGACCACCACUCAAACACCACUCAUUACAACACAAUACCUACAACCAUCAUCAACAUUACAACCAGUUCCAAUUGUCACGUCCAACAAAUCAAGCGACGCUGAAUAUAGCAUUAAUGGAAUAUUGACGAACACUGAAUCUUCAAUCUAUACAACAAAAUACGUCCAACCAUCAUCAACAUUACAACCAGUUCCAGUUGUCACUGCAGUCCCACCAGUCUACAAUCAGUCCACCACACAAUCCACAUCGACCACCACUCAAACACCACUCAUUACAACACAAUACCUACAACCAUCAUCAACAUUACAACCAGUUCCAAUUGUCACGUCCAACAAAUCAAGCGACGCUGAAUAUAGCAUUAAUGGAAUAUUGACGAACACUGAAUCUUCAAUCUAUACAACAAAAUACGUCCAACCAUCAUCAACAUUACAACCAGUUCCAGUUGUCACUGCAGUCCCACCAGUCUACAAUCAGUCCACCACACAAUCCACAUCGACCACCACUCAAACACCACUCAUUACAACACAAUACCUACAACCAUCAUCAACAUUACAACCAGUUCCAAUUGUCACGUCCAACAAAUCAAGCGACGCUGAAUAUAGCAUUAAUGGAAUAUUGACGAACACUGAAUCUUCAAUCUAUACAACAAAAUACGUCCAACCAUCAUCAACAUUACAACCAGUUCCAGUUGUCACUGCAGUCCCACCAGUCUACAAUCAGUCCACCACACAAUCCACAUCGACCACCACUCAAACACCACUCAUUACAACACAAUACCUACAACCAUCAUCAACAUUACAACCAGUUCCAAUUGUCACGUCCAACAAAUCAAGCGACGCUGAAUAUAGCAUUAAUGGAAUAUUGACGAACACUGAAUCUUCAAUCUAUACAACAAAAUACGUCCAACCAUCAUCAACAUUACAACCAGUUCCAGUUGUCACUGCAGUCCCACCAGUCUACAAUCAGUCCACCACACAAUCCACAUCGACCACCACUCAAACACCACUCAUUACAACACAAUACCUACAACCAUCAUCAACAUUACAACCAGUUCCAAUUGUCACGUCCAACAAAUCAAGCGACGCUGAAUAUAGCAUUAAUGGAAUAUUGACGAACACUGAAUCUUCAAUCUAUACAACAAAAUACGUCCAACCAUCAUCAACAUUACAACCAGUUCCAGUUGUCACUGCAGUCCCACCAGUCUACAAUCAGUCCACCACACAAUCCACAUCGACCACCACUCAAACACCACUCAUUACAACACAAUACCUACAACCAUCAUCAACAUUACAACCAGUUCCAAUUGUCACGUCCAACAAAUCAAGCGACGCUGAAUAUAGCAUUAAUGGAAUAUUGACGAACACUGAAUCUUCAAUCUAUACAACAAAAUACGUCCAACCAUCAUCAACAUUACAACCAGUUCCAGUUGUCACUGCAGUCCCACCAGUCUACAAUCAGUCCACCACACAAUCCACAUCGACCACCACUCAAACACCACUCAUUACAACACAAUACCUACAACCAUCAUCAACAUUACAACCAGUUCCAAUUGUCACGUCCAACAAAUCAAGCGACGCUGAAUAUAGCAUUAAUGGAAUAUUGACGAACACUGAAUCUUCAAUCUAUACAACAAAAUACGUCCAACCAUCAUCAACAUUACAACCAGUUCCAGUUGUCACUGCAGUCCCACCAGUCUACAAUCAGUCCACCACACAAUCCACAUCGACCACCACUCAAACACCACUCAUUACAACACAAUACCUACAACCAUCAUCAACAUUACAACCAGUUCCAAUUGUCACGUCCAACAAAUCAAGCGACGCUGAAUAUAGCAUUAAUGGAAUAUUGACGAACACUGAAUCUUCAAUCUAUACAACAAAAUACGUCCAACCAUCAUCAACAUUACAACCAGUUCCAGUUGUCACUGCAGUCCCACCAGUCUACAAUCAGUCCACCACACAAUCCACAUCGACCACCACUCAAACACCACUCAUUACAACACAAUACCUACAACCAUCAUCAACAUUACAACCAGUUCCAAUUGUCACGUCCAACAAAUCAAGCGACGCUGAAUAUAGCAUUAAUGGAAUAUUGACGAACACUGAAUCUUCAAUCUAUACAACAAAAUACGUCCAACCAUCAUCAACAUUACAACCAGUUCCAGUUGUCACUGCAGUCCCACCAGUCUACAAUCAGUCCACCACACAAUCCACAUCGACCACCACUCAAACACCACUCAUUACAACACAAUACCUACAACCAUCAUCAACAUUACAACCAGUUCCAAUUGUCACGUCCAACAAAUCAAGCGACGCUGAAUAUAGCAUUAAUGGAAUAUUGACGAACACUGAAUCUUCAAUCUAUACAACAAAAUACGUCCAACCAUCAUCAACAUUACAACCAGUUCCAGUUGUCACUGCAGUCCCACCAGUCUACAAUCAGUCCACCACACAAUCCACAUCGACCACCACUCAAACACCACUCAUUACAACACAAUACCUACAACCAUCAUCAACAUUACAACCAGUUCCAAUUGUCACGUCCAACAAAUCAAGCGACGCUGAAUAUAGCAUUAAUGGAAUAUUGACGAACACUGAAUCUUCAAUCUAUACAACAAAAUACGUCCAACCAUCAUCAACAUUACAACCAGUUCCAGUUGUCACUGCAGUCCCACCAGUCUACAAUCAGUCCACCACACAAUCCACAUCGACCACCACUCAAACACCACUCAUUACAACACAAUACCUACAACCAUCAUCAACAUUACAACCAGUUCCAAUUGUCACGUCCAACAAAUCAAGCGACGCUGAAUAUAGCAUUAAUGGAAUAUUGACGAACACUGAAUCUUCAAUCUAUACAACAAAAUACGUCCAACCAUCAUCAACAUUACAACCAGUUCCAGUUGUCACUGCAGUCCCACCAGUCUACAAUCAGUCCACCACACAAUCCACAUCGACCACCACUCAAACACCACUCAUUACAACACAAUACCUACAACCAUCAUCAACAUUACAACCAGUUCCAAUUGUCACGUCCAACAAAUCAAGCGACGCUGAAUAUAGCAUUAAUGGAAUAUUGACGAACACUGAAUCUUCAAUCUAUACAACAAAAUACGUCCAACCAUCAUCAACAUUACAACCAGUUCCAGUUGUCACUGCAGUCCCACCAGUCUACAAUCAGUCCACCACACAAUCCACAUCGACCACCACUCAAACACCACUCAUUACAACACAAUACCUACAACCAUCAUCAACAUUACAACCAGUUCCAAUUGUCACGUCCAACAAAUCAAGCGACGCUGAAUAUAGCAUUAAUGGAAUAUUGACGAACACUGAAUCUUCAAUCUAUACAACAAAAUACGUCCAACCAUCAUCAACAUUACAACCAGUUCCAGUUGUCACUGCAGUCCCACCAGUCUACAAUCAGUCCACCACACAAUCCACAUCGACCACCACUCAAACACCACUCAUUACAACACAAUACCUACAACCAUCAUCAACAUUACAACCAGUUCCAAUUGUCACGUCCAACAAAUCAAGCGACGCUGAAUAUAGCAUUAAUGGAAUAUUGACGAACACUGAAUCUUCAAUCUAUACAACAAAAUACGUCCAACCAUCAUCAACAUUACAACCAGUUCCAGUUGUCACUGCAGUCCCACCAGUCUACAAUCAGUCCACCACACAAUCCACAUCGACCACCACUCAAACACCACUCAUUACAACACAAUACCUACAACCAUCAUCAACAUUACAACCAGUUCCAAUUGUCACGUCCAACAAAUCAAGCGACGCUGAAUAUAGCAUUAAUGGAAUAUUGACGAACACUGAAUCUUCAAUCUAUACAACAAAAUACGUCCAACCAUCAUCAACAUUACAACCAGUUCCAGUUGUCACUGCAGUCCCACCAGUCUACAAUCAGUCCACCACACAAUCCACAUCGACCACCACUCAAACACCACUCAUUACAACACAAUACCUACAACCAUCAUCAACAUUACAACCAGUUCCAAUUGUCACGUCCAACAAAUCAAGCGACGCUGAAUAUAGCAUUAAUGGAAUAUUGACGAACACUGAAUCUUCAAUCUAUACAACAAAAUACGUCCAACCAUCAUCAACAUUACAACCAGUUCCAGUUGUCACUGCAGUCCCACCAGUCUACAAUCAGUCCACCACACAAUCCACAUCGACCACCACUCAAACACCACUCAUUACAACACAAUACCUACAACCAUCAUCAACAUUACAACCAGUUCCAAUUGUCACGUCCAACAAAUCAAGCGACGCUGAAUAUAGCAUUAAUGGAAUAUUGACGAACACUGAAUCUUCAAUCUAUACAACAAAAUACGUCCAACCAUCAUCAACAUUACAACCAGUUCCAGUUGUCACUGCAGUCCCACCAGUCUACAAUCAGUCCACCACACAAUCCACAUCGACCACCACUCAAACACCACUCAUUACAACACAAUACCUACAACCAUCAUCAACAUUACAACCAGUUCCAAUUGUCACGUCCAACAAAUCAAGCGACGCUGAAUAUAGCAUUAAUGGAAUAUUGACGAACACUGAAUCUUCAAUCUAUACAACAAAAUACGUCCAACCAUCAUCAACAUUACAACCAGUUCCAGUUGUCACUGCAGUCCCACCAGUCUACAAUCAGUCCACCACACAAUCCACAUCGACCACCACUCAAACACCACUCAUUACAACACAAUACCUACAACCAUCAUCAACAUUACAACCAGUUCCAAUUGUCACGUCCAACAAAUCAAGCGACGCUGAAUAUAGCAUUAAUGGAAUAUUGACGAACACUGAAUCUUCAAUCUAUACAACAAAAUACGUCCAACCAUCAUCAACAUUACAACCAGUUCCAGUUGUCACUGCAGUCCCACCAGUCUACAAUCAGUCCACCACACAAUCCACAUCGACCACCACUCAAACACCACUCAUUACAACACAAUACCUACAACCAUCAUCAACAUUACAACCAGUUCCAAUUGUCACGUCCAACAAAUCAAGCGACGCUGAAUAUAGCAUUAAUGGAAUAUUGACGAACACUGAAUCUUCAAUCUAUACAACAAAAUACGUCCAACCAUCAUCAACAUUACAACCAGUUCCAGUUGUCACUGCAGUCCCACCAGUCUACAAUCAGUCCACCACACAAUCCACAUCGACCACCACUCAAACACCACUCAUUACAACACAAUACCUACAACCAUCAUCAACAUUACAACCAGUUCCAAUUGUCACGUCCAACAAAUCAAGCGACGCUGAAUAUAGCAUUAAUGGAAUAUUGACGAACACUGAAUCUUCAAUCUAUACAACAAAAUACGUCCAACCAUCAUCAACAUUACAACCAGUUCCAGUUGUCACUGCAGUCCCACCAGUCUACAAUCAGUCCACCACACAAUCCACAUCGACCACCACUCAAACACCACUCAUUACAACACAAUACCUACAACCAUCAUCAACAUUACAACCAGUUCCAAUUGUCACGUCCAACAAAUCAAGCGACGCUGAAUAUAGCAUUAAUGGAAUAUUGACGAACACUGAAUCUUCAAUCUAUACAACAAAAUACGUCCAACCAUCAUCAACAUUACAACCAGUUCCAGUUGUCACUGCAGUCCCACCAGUCUACAAUCAGUCCACCACACAAUCCACAUCGACCACCACUCAAACACCACUCAUUACAACACAAUACCUACAACCAUCAUCAACAUUACAACCAGUUCCAAUUGUCACGUCCAACAAAUCAAGCGACGCUGAAUAUAGCAUUAAUGGAAUAUUGACGAACACUGAAUCUUCAAUCUAUACAACAAAAUACGUCCAACCAUCAUCAACAUUACAACCAGUUCCAGUUGUCACUGCAGUCCCACCAGUCUACAAUCAGUCCACCACACAAUCCACAUCGACCACCACUCAAACACCACUCAUUACAACACAAUACCUACAACCAUCAUCAACAUUACAACCAGUUCCAAUUGUCACGUCCAACAAAUCAAGCGACGCUGAAUAUAGCAUUAAUGGAAUAUUGACGAACACUGAAUCUUCAAUCUAUACAACAAAAUACGUCCAACCAUCAUCAACAUUACAACCAGUUCCAGUUGUCACUGCAGUCCCACCAGUCUACAAUCAGUCCACCACACAAUCCACAUCGACCACCACUCAAACACCACUCAUUACAACACAAUACCUACAACCAUCAUCAACAUUACAACCAGUUCCAAUUGUCACGUCCAACAAAUCAAGCGACGCUGAAUAUAGCAUUAAUGGAAUAUUGACGAACACUGAAUCUUCAAUCUAUACAACAAAAUACGUCCAACCAUCAUCAACAUUACAACCAGUUCCAGUUGUCACUGCAGUCCCACCAGUCUACAAUCAGUCCACCACACAAUCCACAUCGACCACCACUCAAACACCACUCAUUACAACACAAUACCUACAACCAUCAUCAACAUUACAACCAGUUCCAAUUGUCACGUCCAACAAAUCAAGCGACGCUGAAUAUAGCAUUAAUGGAAUAUUGACGAACACUGAAUCUUCAAUCUAUACAACAAAAUACGUCCAACCAUCAUCAACAUUACAACCAGUUCCAGUUGUCACUGCAGUCCCACCAGUCUACAAUCAGUCCACCACACAAUCCACAUCGACCACCACUCAAACACCACUCAUUACAACACAAUACCUACAACCAUCAUCAACAUUACAACCAGUUCCAAUUGUCACGUCCAACAAAUCAAGCGACGCUGAAUAUAGCAUUAAUGGAAUAUUGACGAACACUGAAUCUUCAAUCUAUACAACAAAAUACGUCCAACCAUCAUCAACAUUACAACCAGUUCCAGUUGUCACUGCAGUCCCACCAGUCUACAAUCAGUCCACCACACAAUCCACAUCGACCACCACUCAAACACCACUCAUUACAACACAAUACCUACAACCAUCAUCAACAUUACAACCAGUUCCAAUUGUCACGUCCAACAAAUCAAGCGACGCUGAAUAUAGCAUUAAUGGAAUAUUGACGAACACUGAAUCUUCAAUCUAUACAACAAAAUACGUCCAACCAUCAUCAACAUUACAACCAGUUCCAGUUGUCACUGCAGUCCCACCAGUCUACAAUCAGUCCACCACACAAUCCACAUCGACCACCACUCAAACACCACUCAUUACAACACAAUACCUACAACCAUCAUCAACAUUACAACCAGUUCCAAUUGUCACGUCCAACAAAUCAAGCGACGCUGAAUAUAGCAUUAAUGGAAUAUUGACGAACACUGAAUCUUCAAUCUAUACAACAAAAUACGUCCAACCAUCAUCAACAUUACAACCAGUUCCAGUUGUCACUGCAGUCCCACCAGUCUACAAUCAGUCCACCACACAAUCCACAUCGACCACCACUCAAACACCACUCAUUACAACACAAUACCUACAACCAUCAUCAACAUUACAACCAGUUCCAAUUGUCACGUCCAACAAAUCAAGCGACGCUGAAUAUAGCAUUAAUGGAAUAUUGACGAACACUGAAUCUUCAAUCUAUACAACAAAAUACGUCCAACCAUCAUCAACAUUACAACCAGUUCCAGUUGUCACUGCAGUCCCACCAGUCUACAAUCAGUCCACCACACAAUCCACAUCGACCACCACUCAAACACCACUCAUUACAACACAAUACCUACAACCAUCAUCAACAUUACAACCAGUUCCAAUUGUCACGUCCAACAAAUCAAGCGACGCUGAAUAUAGCAUUAAUGGAAUAUUGACGAACACUGAAUCUUCAAUCUAUACAACAAAAUACGUCCAACCAUCAUCAACAUUACAACCAGUUCCAGUUGUCACUGCAGUCCCACCAGUCUACAAUCAGUCCACCACACAAUCCACAUCGACCACCACUCAAACACCACUCAUUACAACACAAUACCUACAACCAUCAUCAACAUUACAACCAGUUCCAAUUGUCACGUCCAACAAAUCAAGCGACGCUGAAUAUAGCAUUAAUGGAAUAUUGACGAACACUGAAUCUUCAAUCUAUACAACAAAAUACGUCCAACCAUCAUCAACAUUACAACCAGUUCCAGUUGUCACUGCAGUCCCACCAGUCUACAAUCAGUCCACCACACAAUCCACAUCGACCACCACUCAAACACCACUCAUUACAACACAAUACCUACAACCAUCAUCAACAUUACAACCAGUUCCAAUUGUCACGUCCAACAAAUCAAGCGACGCUGAAUAUAGCAUUAAUGGAAUAUUGACGAACACUGAAUCUUCAAUCUAUACAACAAAAUACGUCCAACCAUCAUCAACAUUACAACCAGUUCCAGUUGUCACUGCAGUCCCACCAGUCUACAAUCAGUCCACCACACAAUCCACAUCGACCACCACUCAAACACCACUCAUUACAACACAAUACCUACAACCAUCAUCAACAUUACAACCAGUUCCAAUUGUCACGUCCAACAAAUCAAGCGACGCUGAAUAUAGCAUUAAUGGAAUAUUGACGAACACUGAAUCUUCAAUCUAUACAACAAAAUACGUCCAACCAUCAUCAACAUUACAACCAGUUCCAUCCACCACACAAUCCACAUCGACCACCACUCAAACACCACUCAUUACAACACAAUACCUACAACCAUCAUCAACAUUACAACCAGUUCCAAUUGUCACGUCCAACAAAUCAAGCGACGCUGAAUAUAGCAUUAAUGGAAUAUUGACGAACACUGAAUCUUCAAUCUAUACAACAAAAUACGUCCAACCAUCAUCAACAUUACAACCAGUUCCAGUUGUCACUGCAGUCCCACCAGUCUACAAUCAGUCCACCACACAAUCCACAUCGACCACCACUCAAACACCACUCAUUACAACACAAUACCUACAACCAUCAUCAACAUUACAACCAGUUCCAAUUGUCACGUCCAACAAAUCAAGCGACGCUGAAUAUAGCAUUAAUGGAAUAUUGACGAACACUGAAUCUUCAAUCUAUACAACAAAAUACGUCCAACCAUCAUCAACAUUACAACCAGUUCCAGUUGUCACUGCAGUCCCACCAGUCUACAAUCAGUCCACCACACAAUCCACAUCGACCACCACUCAAACACCACUCAUUACAACACAAUACCUACAACCAUCAUCAACAUUACAACCAGUUCCAAUUGUCACGUCCAACAAAUCAAGCGACGCUGAAUAUAGCAUUAAUGGAAUAUUGACGAACACUGAAUCUUCAAUCUAUACAACAAAAUACGUCCAACCAUCAUCAACAUUACAACCAGUUCCAGUUGUCACUGCAGUCCCACCAGUCUACAAUCAGUCCACCACACAAUCCACAUCGACCACCACUCAAACACCACUCAUUACAACACAAUACCUACAACCAUCAUCAACAUUACAACCAGUUCCAAUUGUCACGUCCAACAAAUCAAGCGACGCUGAAUAUAGCAUUAAUGGAAUAUUGACGAACACUGAAUCUUCAAUCUAUACAACAAAAUACGUCCAACCAUCAUCAACAUUACAACCAGUUCCAGUUGUCACUGCAGUCCCACCAGUCUACAAUCAGUCCACCACACAAUCCACAUCGACCACCACUCAAACACCACUCAUUACAACACAAUACCUACAACCAUCAUCAACAUUACAACCAGUUCCAAUUGUCACGUCCAACAAAUCAAGCGACGCUGAAUAUAGCAUUAAUGGAAUAUUGACGAACACUGAAUCUUCAAUCUAUACAACAAAAUACGUCCAACCAUCAUCAACAUUACAACCAGUUCCAGUUGUCACUGCAGUCCCACCAGUCUACAAUCAGUCCACCACACAAUCCACAUCGACCACCACUCAAACACCACUCAUUACAACACAAUACCUACAACCAUCAUCAACAUUACAACCAGUUCCAAUUGUCACGUCCAACAAAUCAAGCGACGCUGAAUAUAGCAUUAAUGGAAUAUUGACGAACACUGAAUCUUCAAUCUAUACAACAAAAUACGUCCAACCAUCAUCAACAUUACAACCAGUUCCAGUUGUCACUGCAGUCCCACCAGUCUACAAUCAGUCCACCACACAAUCCACAUCGACCACCACUCAAACACCACUCAUUACAACACAAUACCUACAACCAUCAUCAACAUUACAACCAGUUCCAAUUGUCACGUCCAACAAAUCAAGCGACGCUGAAUAUAGCAUUAAUGGAAUAUUGACGAACACUGAAUCUUCAAUCUAUACAACAAAAUACGUCCAACCAUCAUCAACAUUACAACCAGUUCCAGUUGUCACUGCAGUCCCACCAGUCUACAAUCAGUCCACCACACAAUCCACAUCGACCACCACUCAAACACCACUCAUUACAACACAAUACCUACAACCAUCAUCAACAUUACAACCAGUUCCAAUUGUCACGUCCAACAAAUCAAGCGACGCUGAAUAUAGCAUUAAUGGAAUAUUGACGAACACUGAAUCUUCAAUCUAUACAACAAAAUACGUCCAACCAUCAUCAACAUUACAACCAGUUCCAGUUGUCACUGCAGUCCCACCAGUCUACAAUCAGUCCACCACACAAUCCACAUCGACCACCACUCAAACACCACUCAUUACAACACAAUACCUACAACCAUCAUCAACAUUACAACCAGUUCCAAUUGUCACGUCCAACAAAUCAAGCGACGCUGAAUAUAGCAUUAAUGGAAUAUUGACGAACACUGAAUCUUCAAUCUAUACAACAAAAUACGUCCAACCAUCAUCAACAUUACAACCAGUUCCAGUUGUCACUGCAGUCCCACCAGUCUACAAUCAGUCCACCACACAAUCCACAUCGACCACCACUCAAACACCACUCAUUACAACACAAUACCUACAACCAUCAUCAACAUUACAACCAGUUCCAAUUGUCACGUCCAACAAAUCAAGCGACGCUGAAUAUAGCAUUAAUGGAAUAUUGACGAACACUGAAUCUUCAAUCUAUACAACAAAAUACGUCCAACCAUCAUCAACAUUACAACCAGUUCCAGUUGUCACUGCAGUCCCACCAGUCUACAAUCAGUCCACCACACAAUCCACAUCGACCACCACUCAAACACCACUCAUUACAACACAAUACCUACAACCAUCAUCAACAUUACAACCAGUUCCAAUUGUCACGUCCAACAAAUCAAGCGACGCUGAAUAUAGCAUUAAUGGAAUAUUGACGAACACUGAAUCUUCAAUCUAUACAACAAAAUACGUCCAACCAUCAUCAACAUUACAACCAGUUCCAGUUGUCACUGCAGUCCCACCAGUCUACAAUCAGUCCACCACACAAUCCACAUCGACCACCACUCAAACACCACUCAUUACAACACAAUACCUACAACCAUCAUCAACAUUACAACCAGUUCCAAUUGUCACGUCCAACAAAUCAAGCGACGCUGAAUAUAGCAUUAAUGGAAUAUUGACGAACACUGAAUCUUCAAUCUAUACAACAAAAUACGUCCAACCAUCAUCAACAUUACAACCAGUUCCAGUUGUCACUGCAGUCCCACCAGUCUACAAUCAGUCCACCACACAAUCCACAUCGACCACCACUCAAACACCACUCAUUACAACACAAUACCUACAACCAUCAUCAACAUUACAACCAGUUCCAAUUGUCACGUCCAACAAAUCAAGCGACGCUGAAUAUAGCAUUAAUGGAAUAUUGACGAACACUGAAUCUUCAAUCUAUACAACAAAAUACGUCCAACCAUCAUCAACAUUACAACCAGUUCCAGUUGUCACUGCAGUCCCACCAGUCUACAAUCAGUCCACCACACAAUCCACAUCGACCACCACUCAAACACCACUCAUUACAACACAAUACCUACAACCAUCAUCAACAUUACAACCAGUUCCAAUUGUCACGUCCAACAAAUCAAGCGACGCUGAAUAUAGCAUUAAUGGAAUAUUGACGAACACUGAAUCUUCAAUCUAUACAACAAAAUACGUCCAACCAUCAUCAACAUUACAACCAGUUCCAGUUGUCACUGCAGUCCCACCAGUCUACAAUCAGUCCACCACACAAUCCACAUCGACCACCACUCAAACACCACUCAUUACAACACAAUACCUACAACCAUCAUCAACAUUACAACCAGUUCCAAUUGUCACGUCCAACAAAUCAAGCGACGCUGAAUAUAGCAUUAAUGGAAUAUUGACGAACACUGAAUCUUCAAUCUAUACAACAAAAUACGUCCAACCAUCAUCAACAUUACAACCAGUUCCAGUUGUCACUGCAGUCCCACCAGUCUACAAUCAGUCCACCACACAAUCCACAUCGACCACCACUCAAACACCACUCAUUACAACACAAUACCUACAACCAUCAUCAACAUUACAACCAGUUCCAAUUGUCACGUCCAACAAAUCAAGCGACGCUGAAUAUAGCAUUAAUGGAAUAUUGACGAACACUGAAUCUUCAAUCUAUACAACAAAAUACGUCCAACCAUCAUCAACAUUACAACCAGUUCCAGUUGUCACUGCAGUCCCACCAGUCUACAAUCAGUCCACCACACAAUCCACAUCGACCACCACUCAAACACCACUCAUUACAACACAAUACCUACAACCAUCAUCAACAUUACAACCAGUUCCAAUUGUCACGUCCAACAAAUCAAGCGACGCUGAAUAUAGCAUUAAUGGAAUAUUGACGAACACUGAAUCUUCAAUCUAUACAACAAAAUACGUCCAACCAUCAUCAACAUUACAACCAGUUCCAGUUGUCACUGCAGUCCCACCAGUCUACAAUCAGUCCACCACACAAUCCACAUCGACCACCACUCAAACACCACUCAUUACAACACAAUACCUACAACCAUCAUCAACAUUACAACCAGUUCCAAUUGUCACGUCCAACAAAUCAAGCGACGCUGAAUAUAGCAUUAAUGGAAUAUUGACGAACACUGAAUCUUCAAUCUAUACAACAAAAUACGUCCAACCAUCAUCAACAUUACAACCAGUUCCAGUUGUCACUGCAGUCCCACCAGUCUACAAUCAGUCCACCACACAAUCCACAUCGACCACCACUCAAACACCACUCAUUACAACACAAUACCUACAACCAUCAUCAACAUUACAACCAGUUCCAAUUGUCACGUCCAACAAAUCAAGCGACGCUGAAUAUAGCAUUAAUGGAAUAUUGACGAACACUGAAUCUUCAAUCUAUACAACAAAAUACGUCCAACCAUCAUCAACAUUACAACCAGUUCCAGUUGUCACUGCAGUCCCACCAGUCUACAAUCAGUCCACCACACAAUCCACAUCGACCACCACUCAAACACCACUCAUUACAACACAAUACCUACAACCAUCAUCAACAUUACAACCAGUUCCAAUUGUCACGUCCAACAAAUCAAGCGACGCUGAAUAUAGCAUUAAUGGAAUAUUGACGAACACUGAAUCUUCAAUCUAUACAACAAAAUACGUCCAACCAUCAUCAACAUUACAACCAGUUCCAGUUGUCACUGCAGUCCCACCAGUCUACAAUCAGUCCACCACACAAUCCACAUCGACCACCACUCAAACACCACUCAUUACAACACAAUACCUACAACCAUCAUCAACAUUACAACCAGUUCCAAUUGUCACGUCCAACAAAUCAAGCGACGCUGAAUAUAGCAUUAAUGGAAUAUUGACGAACACUGAAUCUUCAAUCUAUACAACAAAAUACGUCCAACCAUCAUCAACAUUACAACCAGUUCCAGUUGUCACUGCAGUCCCACCAGUCUACAAUCAGUCCACCACACAAUCCACAUCGACCACCACUCAAACACCACUCAUUACAACACAAUACCUACAACCAUCAUCAACAUUACAACCAGUUCCAAUUGUCACGUCCAACAAAUCAAGCGACGCUGAAUAUAGCAUUAAUGGAAUAUUGACGAACACUGAAUCUUCAAUCUAUACAACAAAAUACGUCCAACCAUCAUCAACAUUACAACCAGUUCCAGUUGUCACUGCAGUCCCACCAGUCUACAAUCAGUCCACCACACAAUCCACAUCGACCACCACUCAAACACCACUCAUUACAACACAAUACCUACAACCAUCAUCAACAUUACAACCAGUUCCAAUUGUCACGUCCAACAAAUCAAGCGACGCUGAAUAUAGCAUUAAUGGAAUAUUGACGAACACUGAAUCUUCAAUCUAUACAACAAAAUACGUCCAACCAUCAUCAACAUUACAACCAGUUCCAGUUGUCACUGCAGUCCCACCAGUCUACAAUCAGUCCACCACACAAUCCACAUCGACCACCACUCAAACACCACUCAUUACAACACAAUACCUACAACCAUCAUCAACAUUACAACCAGUUCCAAUUGUCACGUCCAACAAAUCAAGCGACGCUGAAUAUAGCAUUAAUGGAAUAUUGACGAACACUGAAUCUUCAAUCUAUACAACAAAAUACGUCCAACCAUCAUCAACAUUACAACCAGUUCCAGUUGUCACUGCAGUCCCACCAGUCUACAAUCAGUCCACCACACAAUCCACAUCGACCACCACUCAAACACCACUCAUUACAACACAAUACCUACAACCAUCAUCAACAUUACAACCAGUUCCAAUUGUCACGUCCAACAAAUCAAGCGACGCUGAAUAUAGCAUUAAUGGAAUAUUGACGAACACUGAAUCUUCAAUCUAUACAACAAAAUACGUCCAACCAUCAUCAACAUUACAACCAGUUCCAGUUGUCACUGCAGUCCCACCAGUCUACAAUCAGUCCACCACACAAUCCACAUCGACCACCACUCAAACACCACUCAUUACAACACAAUACCUACAACCAUCAUCAACAUUACAACCAGUUCCAAUUGUCACGUCCAACAAAUCAAGCGACGCUGAAUAUAGCAUUAAUGGAAUAUUGACGAACACUGAAUCUUCAAUCUAUACAACAAAAUACGUCCAACCAUCAUCAACAUUACAACCAGUUCCAGUUGUCACUGCAGUCCCACCAGUCUACAAUCAGUCCACCACACAAUCCACAUCGACCACCACUCAAACACCACUCAUUACAACACAAUACCUACAACCAUCAUCAACAUUACAACCAGUUCCAAUUGUCACGUCCAACAAAUCAAGCGACGCUGAAUAUAGCAUUAAUGGAAUAUUGACGAACACUGAAUCUUCAAUCUAUACAACAAAAUACGUCCAACCAUCAUCAACAUUACAACCAGUUCCAGUUGUCACUGCAGUCCCACCAGUCUACAAUCAGUCCACCACACAAUCCACAUCGACCACCACUCAAACACCACUCAUUACAACACAAUACCUACAACCAUCAUCAACAUUACAACCAGUUCCAAUUGUCACGUCCAACAAAUCAAGCGACGCUGAAUAUAGCAUUAAUGGAAUAUUGACGAACACUGAAUCUUCAAUCUAUACAACAAAAUACGUCCAACCAUCAUCAACAUUACAACCAGUUCCAGUUGUCACUGCAGUCCCACCAGUCUACAAUCAGUCCACCACACAAUCCACAUCGACCACCACUCAAACACCACUCAUUACAACACAAUACCUACAACCAUCAUCAACAUUACAACCAGUUCCAAUUGUCACGUCCAACAAAUCAAGCGACGCUGAAUAUAGCAUUAAUGGAAUAUUGACGAACACUGAAUCUUCAAUCUAUACAACAAAAUACGUCCAACCAUCAUCAACAUUACAACCAGUUCCAGUUGUCACUGCAGUCCCACCAGUCUACAAUCAGUCCACCACACAAUCCACAUCGACCACCACUCAAACACCACUCAUUACAACACAAUACCUACAACCAUCAUCAACAUUACAACCAGUUCCAAUUGUCACGUCCAACAAAUCAAGCGACGCUGAAUAUAGCAUUAAUGGAAUAUUGACGAACACUGAAUCUUCAAUCUAUACAACAAAAUACGUCCAACCAUCAUCAACAUUACAACCAGUUCCAGUUGUCACUGCAGUCCCACCAGUCUACAAUCAGUCCACCACACAAUCCACAUCGACCACCACUCAAACACCACUCAUUACAACACAAUACCUACAACCAUCAUCAACAUUACAACCAGUUCCAAUUGUCACGUCCAACAAAUCAAGCGACGCUGAAUAUAGCAUUAAUGGAAUAUUGACGAACACUGAAUCUUCAAUCUAUACAACAAAAUACGUCCAACCAUCAUCAACAUUACAACCAGUUCCAGUUGUCACUGCAGUCCCACCAGUCUACAAUCAGUCCACCACACAAUCCACAUCGACCACCACUCAAACACCACUCAUUACAACACAAUACCUACAACCAUCAUCAACAUUACAACCAGUUCCAAUUGUCACGUCCAACAAAUCAAGCGACGCUGAAUAUAGCAUUAAUGGAAUAUUGACGAACACUGAAUCUUCAAUCUAUACAACAAAAUACGUCCAACCAUCAUCAACAUUACAACCAGUUCCAGUUGUCACUGCAGUCCCACCAGUCUACAAUCAGUCCACCACACAAUCCACAUCGACCACCACUCAAACACCACUCAUUACAACACAAUACCUACAACCAUCAUCAACAUUACAACCAGUUCCAAUUGUCACGUCCAACAAAUCAAGCGACGCUGAAUAUAGCAUUAAUGGAAUAUUGACGAACACUGAAUCUUCAAUCUAUACAACAAAAUACGUCCAACCAUCAUCAACAUUACAACCAGUUCCAGUUGUCACUGCAGUCCCACCAGUCUACAAUCAGUCCACCACACAAUCCACAUCGACCACCACUCAAACACCACUCAUUACAACACAAUACCUACAACCAUCAUCAACAUUACAACCAGUUCCAAUUGUCACGUCCAACAAAUCAAGCGACGCUGAAUAUAGCAUUAAUGGAAUAUUGACGAACACUGAAUCUUCAAUCUAUACAACAAAAUACGUCCAACCAUCAUCAACAUUACAACCAGUUCCAGUUGUCACUGCAGUCCCACCAGUCUACAAUCAGUCCACCACACAAUCCACAUCGACCACCACUCAAACACCACUCAUUACAACACAAUACCUACAACCAUCAUCAACAUUACAACCAGUUCCAAUUGUCACGUCCAACAAAUCAAGCGACGCUGAAUAUAGCAUUAAUGGAAUAUUGACGAACACUGAAUCUUCAAUCUAUACAACAAAAUACGUCCAACCAUCAUCAACAUUACAACCAGUUCCAGUUGUCACUGCAGUCCCACCAGUCUACAAUCAGUCCACCACACAAUCCACAUCGACCACCACUCAAACACCACUCAUUACAACACAAUACCUACAACCAUCAUCAACAUUACAACCAGUUCCAAUUGUCACGUCCAACAAAUCAAGCGACGCUGAAUAUAGCAUUAAUGGAAUAUUGACGAACACUGAAUCUUCAAUCUAUACAACAAAAUACGUCCAACCAUCAUCAACAUUACAACCAGUUCCAGUUGUCACUGCAGUCCCACCAGUCUACAAUCAGUCCACCACACAAUCCACAUCGACCACCACUCAAACACCACUUAUUACAACACAAUACCUACAACCAUCAUCAACAUUACAACCAGUUCCAAUUGUCACGUCCAACAAAUCAAGCGACGCUGAAUAUAGCAUUAAUGGAAUAUUGACGAACACUGAAUCUUCAAUCUAUACAACAAAAUACGUCCAACCAUCAUCAACAUUACAACCAGUUCCAGUUGUCACUGCAGUCCCACCAGUCUACAAUCAGUCCACCACACAAUCCACAUCGACCACCACUCAAACACCACUCAUUACAACACAAUACCUACAACCAUCAUCAACAUUACAACCAGUUCCAAUUGUCACGUCCAACAAAUCAAGCGACGCUGAAUAUAGCAUUAAUGGAAUAUUGACGAACACUGAAUCUUCAAUCUAUACAACAAAAUACGUCCAACCAUCAUCAACAUUACAACCAGUUCCAGUUGUCACUGCAGUCCCACCAGUCUACAAUCAGUCCACCACACAAUCCACAUCGACCACCACUCAAACACCACUCAUUACAACACAAUACCUACAACCAUCAUCAACAUUACAACCUGUUCCAUUUGUUACCUCUCUCCCACACGGCUUUAAUCUAUCUGCGUCCUUAAUGUUUACUUCUGGUUUUUAUUCAGAUGAUGGAUUUUCUCAUGGUUCAUCUGGCGAUAUUUUUUCAUCAAAUGAUGAUCUUUCUAUUGUUCCCAAUAUUUCUGAUUCUGAUUUGCUUACUCCUGAUAUUGAUUUUCCUAAUUUCAACUAUGAUUCUUCGAAUUAUCCCGUUUCGUAUGAUUCUCAAUUUGAUUAUUAUUCUUCUUCUAAAUUACCUGUUUUUGUCAAUUCAUAUGGUGAUAAUUACAACAAAUGUCAUCCUGUUCACGAGAAUGAUUGUCAUUCAUUGGAGAAUUAUAUUCCUUUCUAUGAUUAUAACAAAGUAAUAAUAUUAAGAUUAUUUAAAUGUUGUCAACACCUUUAUUCAUGUAAUACAGAAAAUUGUCAUAUCAAUAUUUUUGUGAAACAAUUAUGUGAUAAAUAUUUUCAAUAUUAA